UCUCUCUAUCUCGGAAGGCUAGGGCUGGGACUGGACUGAACAUUUGGAGGAGAAAUUGAGACUUUUAGAGAGAGAAACAGAGGAGAGAGAGAUGGGAGGAGGCCAUGGGGCAGGUGGACGCAGCACAACAUACAACGGCUUGACCAUGCAUCACCCCAAGCGCUGGCAUGUUGUCACCGGAAAGGGCAUGUGCGCCAUCAUGUGGUUUUGGAUUCUGUACAGGGCUAAGCAAGACGGUCCUGUAGUAUUGGGUUGGCGACAUCCUUGGGAAGGCCAUGAAGAUCAUUCCCAUGGCCAUGGACAUGAACAUGAACAUGAGGUAUCCCAUUAAAGAGUUGAAAGGAGAAGGCAUAAAAUGCUUUUGCUGGUAUUCUCUUGGUUUGAAUGUUAUUUGGAACAUAUUUGUUAAUUUCUGUUAAAUAAGGUGAUUCUGAAAAGAGAUUGUUAUGAACAUGAUGUGACUCACAAGAAGUCCAGACCUAUAUUUAACGUGCUAGUUUGUGUAAUACAUAUGUUUUCAUAUGUUUUCCAUUCA